AUGAAGCAAGCUAGCACUGAAUGCCUCAUGGAAUUCUACUAUCACAUGUAUGGAGCUGGCAUUGGAGACCUGAGUGUCUUCUUGCGUGAAGACUCCCGUGACACACUGCUGUGGACGUUGUCUGGUAACAAAGGUAACAGGUGGAGGAGGGCAGUUGUGGGAAUUGGACGCAUUCCUCGGAUCUUCCAUAUUAUUUUUGAGGCCACCAGGAGCUACAGUACCUUUGGGGAUAUUGCCAUUGAUGACAUUUCCUUCCAGAACUGCCCUCUAAAAGAUUCACAAGCCACUUGCCCAGGAGACGAAUUUCAAUGUUCAAAUUUAGUCUGCAUUGAUAUGGGCAAGAUAUGUGAUUUCAGUGAUGACUGUGGUGACAGAAGUGAUGAAAUCGACUGUGGGCUGCUUGGGUAUAAGGAGCACUGCAGCUUUGAAAAUGGGCUGUGCUCUUGGGAGAAGAGUGAUCUGGACACUCCAGGUUAUGAGUGGAAACGCCAGGAAGGCCAGAUUGGAGGAGGUGUCACAGGGCCUCCUAGAGAUCACACCAAGAACUCGGCUGCAGGCAAGCAGGCCUUUGGAAUUCAAUAG